AUGGAGCGAGAACAAGAUCUCCAAAGUGAGCCUGUUGAGAAUGAGCAGGUCGCUAAUGAACAGAAAGUCUCUGAGUCUGUCGUGGGAGCAGAUCAUCCUGGACAGUUGAAUGAUACCACUCCCAAUAAGCCUGAACCUAGAGAAGACACGAGUUCACAAGAAACAACUCCUACGGCCCGUGCCAAUGACAAGGGUAAGGAGAGAUCUAUCGAUCCCGUGCCACCUGAGGAAAGUAAUACUUAUACAUCAAAGCGAGCUCAGGUACCUACUGAGAAGCCUUUUGACUUUAAUCGGUUUCUCGAGCAAAUGAAGCAUAAGAGCGCUGUGCCUGUCAACGAGUACGUUAGGAGUUUUUUCCGCGGCUUCACGAGGCGCCCUUACAAGCCAGAUGAACAGGCGAAACUGAUUUUCGACUUUCUCGACUUUAUUGCUGCGCGUAUGCUUGAAGCGACUGUAUUUGCAGAGCUGCCACCGAGAGAGUUUGAUCAAGCAACUGAAGCCAUGGAAAAACUCGUGAUGAAUCGCCUGUAUACCUAUACUUUUCCGCCUGCCAUUGCGAUGGAGGGUCGUUGGACGGUACAGACUGACGAUUUAGAACGUGACCGUGUCUUAUCAGAACGCAUUCGCUUGUUUGCUUGGGUGCGUGAAGAACAAUUGGACGUCAAAAAAGGCCAGCACUCGGAGCGGUUCUACAUUUUUGCGGCGCAGGAGCUCAACAAGGUCAACCACUACAAAGCGCCUCGUGAUAAAAUGAUUUGUAUUCUCAACUGCUGUAAAGUAAUCUUUGGACUGAUUCGACACCUUGGCUCUGAUGAGAGUGCCGAUGCUUUCAUGCCAUUGUUGAUUUUGGUGGUACUGCGUGCAAAUCCACCCAACUUGAUUUCGAAUUGGGAGUACAUUCAGCGCUUUCGCAGUCCACCACGCCGGUCAAGCGAGUCAGAAUAUUAUUUGUCGAGUCUUGCCGGUGCUAUUGCCUUUAUUGAGCAGAUGGAUCACACGACACUCUCCCACACUACACAACUUGAGCUCGAUGAGCGUAUUCAGCGCGAGGCAGCCCGUAUGGAGGAGGAAGCAGCCGAGAAAAGUGAGUCAACAUCGCGGCCCUUCUCAGUCACAGCCUCCAUGGCCGCCGUAUCGUUGGCCGACGACACUCGUGCCUUUAUCCAGCGCACCGGCGAAGCAGCGCGUCAUGGUCUGAAUCGCCUCUUUACAGAACGUCCUGACAUGAUUGGUUCUGAAAUGCAACCUAUGCCAUCUACGCGAGUUGCCUCUCAGCCAGAAACGCCGGCUCCCUCGACCAUACCCAACUCGAAGCCUGCGCGUGGCGAGGCACCAAAUGCGCCACUACGUGGUCCUGUGUCGAGUCCUAUGCUGCCAGAUUCGCCUGCGUCUGUAUCCACACCGCAUACCCGAACGGAUGCCGUGCCGCGCUGGCGCAGUGGGCUUGUACCUCGUUUUGGUGAAGAUGAGGAUGACGACUUGCGCGAUUCGCCGUCGCAUCAUGUGGCCGCUAUACGCUACGCUGAAGAAGACCAGUCGUUAGUGGCAGGCGAGGAACACCAAGACGAAGAAGAGGUAUCAGUUGACGUCUCUGUGGCCAUACAAACACUGCAGUCGAUCUUCCCACAAGCUGAUUCGUCGGUCCUGCAACUCGUGCUGGAAGAAUGUGGCUAUCAUGUAGAGACCUCGAUUGACCGUCUGCUGGAAAUGACAUAG